GAGGAGAAAAGGCGUUUCAUCCUAACACACACACACACACACACUGGAGACCCGUCUACGACACACACCGACUGAUGCCCGCGGUGCGUUAAAAGCGUUUUAAAGCUCCGGUUGACGGAGAACCGCGGACUUACAAACACACAAUGUGGAUUCACUCUGUUUUAUCUCUGAGGAACUGAAAGAAGACGAGGCAGGACGAGCGGGGUGCUAGAGGGAGUGAUGUCUGCAGGCGAGGAGGAGCGAGAUGGUGAGGCGGCAGCGCCCGUGUACGUGUAUGAAUCAAAGGUCCACUGUGCCAACGUGCUGUUGAGCCUGGAGGAGCAGCGGCGGCAGGGCAUCCUGUGCGAUGUGACCCUUCUGGUGGAGGGGAGGGAGGUGCGCGCUCACAGGGCCGUCCUCGCUGCGAGCAGCCGCUACUUCCUGCAGGCUCUGCUGGGACACAAUGGGUCAGCAGGUGAAGCGGAGCCCAUCAUUAACCUGCCAGACAAGGUCACAGCUAAGGGCUUUGCUCCACUACUCCAGUUUGCCUACACAGCCAAGCUCGUCAUAAGCCGGGAGAACAUCCACGAGGUCAUCCUGUGCGCUGACUUCCUAGGUGUUCACAACUUGGAGGACUCCUGCUUCCGCUUCCUCCAAGCCCAGCUGCAGAACGACAGCGAGCACGCCAGUAACGGGAAGGUGGAAUACAGCAAAGACAUCACAGCUGAGGAUACAGUCUUCUCUGAGGCCAUAUCCUCGAGUGAGUCUUGUGAGACAAGGCAGCAGACCAAUCAUGUAGCAAGUACUGCUCCCCUACCCGCUGACCUUUCUCAGUUUCCCAAGUACAGGAAAUAUCAGUACCAGAUCUGUGAAAAUAAGCACAAUGGAGAAAACCAUGAUGACAUUGAUGACGUCCUUUUGGCCAAUCAUACCUCAGUCAGCCCUGUGAGAUCACAGCUCGCAGACAGCAAUGCUGCUCCACAGAGUCUUCUCUCUCCCUCCCGGAUCAAAGAGGAACCGUUCAUGUUUGAGGAGGAAGAAGAAGAAGAAGAAGAAAGGAGUGGCUGCAUUCCAGAAAUGUGUACCGAGGAGGUGCUGGAGAUGGAGCUAGAAGUAGAAGGGGUUCCAGUAGCACCUGAGCACUCUCCGAGCAGAGGUUCACCCUCCUCCUGCCUGCGCUCCUACCUCCAGAGAGGUGGCCUUGAUCUCAGCUGUGUGCCGAGCACCACCAUCCAGCAGCUACUCACCAACAGACUGUCCCUCAACCACUACAAGGAACUGGUCAAAGACAGGCACAGGGACAAGACAGAGUCCCUGGAUCAAGUCGACCUAAAGAGCGGCAUUGCGGAUGUUUUACCAGCUGGCGUUGGUAAGAGAAUGGAAAGGCCAGUUUCCAAAGCCUCAUCUUCAAAGUAUGAAGGGGAGCUAGACAGACAAAGUGUCAUAUUCUCUUCAGCAGCUGGCGAGCAGCAAAUGUUGGCCCACUCUUACAUGGAAGAGAAGUUCAGGGAAAAAGUCUCGACUCUCAUGCAGGUAGAAGCUCCUUCUUCGGGUCGGUCAUGCCUCAGCACCAGCUGCCCUGUUCCCAUCAAGACAUCGGCCCAGUCCCCUUCUCCGUCUGAGCCCCGGACCCAGACCUCCAGCUCUCGUUCCUCCUUCUCGUACCCGGAGGACGCAGGCAGCGGUAGCUCACCUUCCAGCCUUCCACAGUUUGACUUCUCCUCGUCCCCAAACUCAGGCUCCGCCUCUGGACUGUCUCACUGCCUGUCUGUGGGAGUGGAGCCGAGGAACCCCCAUAGCGGAGAGCUUCUCUUCUCCCAGGGCUGCAACAAGAUCAAAAGUGAACGGGGAUUCGGUGCCAGUGGCGGCAACUCCAGCGACGAAUCAGGAUCGUUCUCUGAGGGAGACAGUGAAAGUGGGAUGUCCAGAGUCUCUGGCCCUGAGGUAAAACUGCCCUUCCCUGUGGACCAGAUCACCAACCUGCCACGCAACGACUUCCAGAUCCUCAUAAAGAUGCACAAGCUGAACUCGGAGCAGCUGGAGUUCAUCCACGACAUCCGCCGCCGCAGCAAAAACCGCAUCGCAGCUCAGCGCUGCCGCAAGAGGAAGCUGGACUGCAUUCAGAACCUGGAGUGCGAGAUUCGCAAACUGGUAAACGAGAAGGACAAGCUGCUGAGUGAGCGCAACCAGCUGAAGGUUUGCAUGUCCGAUCUUUGGCAGAACCUCUCCUUCCUCUCCCAACAAGUUUGUCGGGAGGUGCAGGGCCCUCAGCCGCCUCCCGUCUCCGACAGCAUCGACCUCACAUCAAACCCACCAUCGCCUUCGUCACACCCGGGCUCAUCCAAGCCCCGGUCACCUGUGUCCCAGCAAAGCAACACCGCCUGUCUGUCUGAGGGGGGUCCAGGUCAGGGGAGGCCGCAAGAUGGGCAGCCUGGCGUGCAGAACACACUGGUGCUUGGAUCCACUGAGGAAGUAUGUAGCCCCACUGUAACGGUGGAUUUCUGUCAGGAAAUGACUGAGAAAUGCACAACGGAGGAGCAGGACUGUGCUUAGAGCCUCGGUGGGCGAACAGUUUGGUCUGUUUCACUUGUCUAUACCUUGAAUAUUUGAAGUAUUCUCUUUCUUUUUGUAAUGAUGACACAAGCGUUGUCUUUUCAGCAAUACUGUUAAACAGGUAUUUUUGGACUGGUUACAAAUCAAAAGCACUGGCAGCUUUCUCUCACUUUCUCUUCAUCUCUUCUUCUACUUCUUCUGUCUUUCUCUGUCUCAUCCUGACUUUUCCUUCCUGUCCACUUCCUUCCCUCUCUGGUGCGUCAUGGGAGGUUAAACUCAGGAAUUCCUCAGAAUGUUAAGUAAUGUCCCUGUUAACGUGUACCAGCACUUUAUUUUACAGUCCUGUCAAAUCUUGAUAAUUACAUAUGUACUUACAAUUGAUCUGUGGAAAUGAAUCAUAGAUUCAAUGUCAACAUUUUGGGGAAAUAUGCUUUAUUUUCGUUCUUGAAGAGGGUGAAAGAUUCAAGAGGAAAUUAGUUUUAUGUCAGUAAGACUAACAGGAUGUGGUUAGCCUAGCUUAGCAUGAAGCUUGGAGAAAGGGGGAAAGGCUAGUCAGUCUUUCUAAUAUUAAAAAGAAAUCACCUACUUCAAGAAUUGUAAGGCCGACUUAUGCACAAUGCAUAUAAUUUGUUUAAAGCAUACAGAAAUGCUUUGUCUUGCAAUCUGUGCGCACACAUUUGUAAACAGUACGCACAGUUGUGCAAACUGUGGGCACAAACUGUGGGCACAGUUUACAUUGCAAAUCCUUUCUCACAGAUUGAAAAUCCAACCACACAGUUAACGAACUGGCACAGAUUUGUAAACCAUGCACACAGAUUUGUACACCAUAUGUACAGAUUUGUAAACUGCGCACAGAUUUGUAAACCAUGCACACAGAUUUGUACACUGUACAGAUUUGUAAAACAUGUGUACAGAUUUGUAAACCAUGCGCACAGAUUUGUAAAACAUGCACACAGAUUUGUAAACCAUGCGCACAGAUUUGUAAAACAUGCACACAGAUUUGUAAACCAUGCGUACAGAUUUGUAAACCAUGCGCACAGAUUUGUAAAACAUGUGCACAGAUUUGUAAACCAUGUGCACAGAUUUGGGCUACUUUCACGCUUUAUGCUAAGCUAGGCUAAAAACAUCCUGUCUGCAGCUCUGUACUUCACGAGCAUGAGAUAGAAAUCUAUCUUACAUCCAUCACCCUGAAAAGAAGGAGCAACAAGAGUGUAUUUUUCAGAAAGUUGAACUAAUCUGUUAAACUAUUUAACAGAUAAUUUUGAACCAGUAGUUGUUGAGUGACACAGGGCUAUAAAGUAAACUGUCACCAAAGGUGUUUAAUUGUAAAAUGUUACAUUCGAUGAAACGGUCAGAUGAACUCUCAUUAUGCAAAGUCGCUUCUGUCGAGCUUCACUUUUUACUUUUUAUUGUUCUCAGACAGACGUUUCCACUCGUUUCACAGAGAUGGAAUCAAAGCACUGCCGACCCAACACAUCGUGACGUUGGCGCUUAAACAGAGUCUGAAGCCGAUCACCUGGUGAUCGAAAGAUUAAAGGACCAUACGGGUGUCGCUUUAAUAUUACCGAUGACCAUUUUCCAAAGAAGGACGAAGCAUUUCUACCUAAAUAUUUGUAUUUCUGCUCAGUGUGAGGAGCAAUAUGCAGGAGAGUUAUCUGAGCCGGGGAUCGUUUUACUGAUUCUUCUAAAAUAAUAUUUCCUACUUUCCAAAUAUUUUCUACCAAGGCGUAGACGGUUCCUAUAAACGACUUGACUAAUCGGCACAGGUUAGUGAGGUGAGUCUGUGCAGAUUUAGUCAUAAACUCAUCAAUAAGGACGGAUAAAGCAAAGAUAAUAAAUGAUCGUGUCUCAGCUGAUCCCUGAUAUUUAUUUAUAAAAAGGAUUAAAGCAGGAAACUAUUUCACUUUCACGUGAUUCUCUUCAGGGUUAUAAUUCAUUUGUAAUAUUGAUGUGCAAUAUUUCAUAACAUGAUCAUGAUUUUGGUGCUCUCUGGGAAACUUUCUUUAAAAUUUAUAUUUAUCUUCAUAAAUGUUUUAUUUAUUUAUUACUGCAGAAGUACAGCUCCUCUUCAGACCAUGAGGCCAGAACUUUAGA